UGUACAAGGCAACCAAACUGUGAAAGAAUGGACCAAAGGUGUAACAUCUUUUGGUGAAACUUUUGACAGCUCUAGGACAUUUACAGUAAUUUCACAGAUCACAAUUUUCAGGAUUUCCUUCUUACCUUCAAAAGAUGGGACCAGGAGAGAAUGGUCCAAAAACAAAGUCAUUUAGUGAUACAUCUGAAGGAAUAACAGAAUCACCCAGACAACUAAGUGGUACAAGCUCUUCAGAAACACAUAUUGCAAGGGAUUUCUACAGAAAUACAAACAUCUCUACCAACAGAUCUUCUGAAGCAUACUGUGUAACAGGUACAGAAUUGAAAGGCCAUCAGUAUUCUGGAGUAAGAAAACCCAGCCCUUCUAUGAUAGCUGGAAGACUUACUCUAAGAACGCCACCAUCUGGUGGUCGAAUGGGACAUAUUCCUGGCUCUCCAGUCUAUCAUGGCAACUCCAAAACAACAGUUAAUCAAAGGAUUCCCGAAGAGCCAUGCAGCUCACAAACAUCAACACCUACACUUAUGCAGAUAAGCCCAUGUCAGAGUUCUUAUAGGAACCAAGGUUCUCUCAGUUCUUCUCAACUGAUGUGCCAACAGCAGUUAUUAACAGGAUCUGCUCAUUCUCUUAAGAGUGGCCAAACUGAAGGGAACCAAAUAAGGUUGCCAUUUGAUUUUAAGAGCAGAAACUUAAUACGAAAAGCUAAAGUAUCUCCUUACAGCCCUCAGAACAGUUUGUGAAAUUAAUGAAGAUUUAGUAGCUGAGAUGUUCUAAGAGUCUUCUUCAUAUUUAUUUGGCUAUGAUAGUUUAACUCUCAAAGUCUGCAAUGCCUCAUGGUGUUUAAAAAAAUAUGAUAUUGCUGUGGAUUAUCUUCUGUACAUAAACUUUCCUUAUUACAACUAACACAAAUAAAUGUAUUAUACCUGU